AUGGCAUUCAAAAUUGCUGUUUUGCUUUUAGUUAUGGUCGCUGUCGGUAACGGUCUGCCGCACGGAGGCGGUUACGGAGGAGGACAGGGAGGACAGGGUGGCUUUGGUCACGGAGGUAGCCAAGGCGGUUUUGGUUCAGGUGGCCAAGGCGGAUUUGGAGCAGGUGGCCAAGGCGGGUUUGGACAAGGUGGCCAAGGCGGAUUUGGACCAGGUGGCCAAGGCGGAUUUGGACAUGGUGGCCAAGGCGGAUUUGGAUCAGGACAUCAGGGUGGUUUUGGUCCAGGAAAUCAAGGAGGUUUUGGUCCAGGAAAUCAGGGAGGUUUUGGACCUGGUAACCAGGGAGGAUUUGGACCCGGUGGCCACGGCGGACAAGGAGGAUUUGGUGGUCAAAAUGGUUUUGGACCUGGAGGCGGUCAUGGUGGUCACGGCAGUCACGGCGGUCACCACGGCGGCUAUCAAGAGUACGGAUAUUAG